AUGAUCGUGCAGGAAGUGAUUCAUUCUAUGAAGAAGAGAAGAGGAAAGAGGGGUUUCAUGAUGAUCAAGAUUGAUAUGGAAAAGGCAUAUGAUAAACUUAACUGGGAGUUUAUCAUUGCGGUUCUAAGUCAAAUAGGAUUGUCCCAGCCACUAACUAAAUGGAUAAGGGCCUGCAUUUUGACUAAGGAAAUUAAGUUGCUUAUUAAUGGCUCAAUAGAAGGGAGAAUCAAACCAGAGCGGGGAUUAAGGCAAGGCGAUCCUUUGUCUCCUACGCUGUUUAUUACAGCAGCUGAGACUCUGUCAAGACUCAUCUUCCAAAAGGAAAAGUCUGGUGAGAUUAGAGGGUUCAAGAUGGGAAGAAAUGACACUGCAGUGACCCAUUUAAUGUUUGCAGAGGAUAUCAUAUUAUUUGGGCAAGCCACUCUAAAGGAGGCAAAAGCUUUCAAGGAAUGCCUUUCUACAUAUUGCCUCUGGUCGGGUCAAUCCAUAAACUUUCAGAAGUCUUCAAUCCACUUCUCAAGAGGAUUUUGCCGUGGGAAAGUUAGAACGAUAUCUCAGUAUCUUGGUAUGAAACAAAUGGUGUCCAAUGCAGUCUAUCUUGGCCUUCCUUUAUUCAAAGCGAAUAAAAGAACAGAAGAUUAUAAUCAACUCAUCGAUAAAGUUUUGGGUCGAGUAAAAGGUUGGAAAUCAAAACUUUUAUCAAGCGCAGGGAGAGCCUACUUAAUCAAAUCAGUUGGUGCUUCGUUGGCAAACUACUUAGCUUCCUCUGACAUAAUCCCGGCCUCCAUUGCUAACAAAAUAGACAAAACAUUAAGGGAUUUCUGGUGGGGCAAUACGGAGGAAAAGCGAGUUAUGCAUACAGUCGCAUGGGAAAGACUUUGCAAACCGAAGAUUCAUGGAGGUCUGGGUUUCAGGACAACAAAAGACACAAACACGGCAUUCUUAAUGAAAUGGGCUUGGAAAAUUCUAGCCGAGGACAAUAGUUUAUGGGCUCAGAUUAUGCAUGCCAAGUACUUGAGGAAUCACGAUUUCCUUGACAUAGAAGCGCAUCCCUCGGAUUCAAUCAUGUGGAAAGCCAUUCUUAAUGCUAGACAGUUUAUUCAUAAAGGAAUUUGCAGAAAGAUAGGCAAUGGGAAUAGCACUUCCAUUUGGUUCCACCCUUGGGUACCAAGUGGAGAACUGCAGCCUCAGCCUUUGAGAGAUGCCACAGAAGGGAUUACUUUGGUUAAUAACUUCAUUCAGAAUAACGAGUGGAGGGACGAUCUGAUUCGGCUUUGGUUCCAUCAGGAGGAUGCCAAACGUAUUCUGAACAUAACCUUACCGUCCUAUCCUGCUAAGGACUCGUGGCUUUGGCUCCCAGAAGCAAAUGGUUAG